AUGAAAAAUUUUGACCAAAAACGAUGUCCAGGAGGUCCCGAAAAUGAUUUAGUGUCCUACCUACAGACACAGCAGGCGGGCGGCCUCAUUUGGGGCUGUCGCCAUGACACCAACAGGAUUAAAGACUGCUUCCUGUACGUCAACAAGAAGGCCGAUUUACUGUGUGAUCGCUAUGAGCCUAUCACUAAAGAGAUGUGUACGCGGAUCAACAACAUGGCUGCCGUGGCUGACUACCUUGAGAGUUACCACAGUAAACUUGGUAAAACGUUUGAUGUCUAUAACGACUGGCAACUUAAACACAAGAGCCACACCCCAACCAGUGACCUUAACAGCUGUGACAGAGCAGAGUUUGAAGUUUUGGGAGGAUUUUCUUACAACCCUGAGGUUGACCGUCAGUAUGUCAUGGAAACUGCAUCACAGAAAACUUCUACGACCACUUCAUCACGAUCGUAUCAUUCCGUGAUCAUACAGAGUCCCACUAGUCCAUGCCACGAUCACCUGCUGGCCGUCCUCCGCGCUCUCAGUAGGAUCAUGGCUUACAGGAUAAACCUGUUUGUAUGCGACGCCCUACAUGUACUGCUUGGUUUGAAGCAUACAAACGAUCCCAUACAAGUAUGUCUUCAGCCCCUCACACAGUUCCUCCAGAAUUACUUCGACUCCUUACAGGCGUGGCUCUACCCAGACUGCUUCAGGAGGGUCAUAGAGUGCAUCUGGAUAUUUAUAGUACAAGAUUUUGAGGAAGAAGUGGGGAGGUUAAUGUUGGGAGAAGCUCAUGGAGAGACAAAUGCUCGGACACUCAUACAGGCAGUCUCCCAUCUACUGACAUUCAUUAACCGUCAAGACAAGGAUAUUAGAAAAGAUCUACUGUUGUCACAGGCCGAGGAUGUCAUGUUCAAGUUACAACUGUUCACAGAGUCGACAUCUCAGCUGAUGAAGCUACACCAGGCUCUCAAGGCACAUUAUGCGUGGACAGACACCUCCAGUACAUGCACUGUGGACGGAGCUCUUCAGGCCACGCUACACAAAAUGAGACGGGAACUUCAGAUGUACAGCAAGUGUUUUAGUGGGAAACAGCUGACAGACUGGAUCAUGGCAAACCCAGGCCCCUUCUGUAACAUGUGUAAGUGA